GCAACAUCCGCGGGUCAACGACGACGAUAACGACGACGACGACGACGAUAACAUCAACAGCUUCCAAUUACUAUCGUGCAGCCCCUGCAGCCCAUGGCAGCAUGACUAGGACUAGGACUAGGCAAAAUGUGAUCUAAAUCGCAUUCGGAGUAGGUAGGUCGGUAUGGAACGGCCAUCUCGUGCAGAUCUAGCAACUGAUCAACCCCGCGUACCUACGAGUACCUCCGUAGAUUGCGCUCCCCUUUUGUCAGUCGAACAGCAGUGCUCCCUUGACAAGGACCCCGGUUCGAUGCUACGCCAAAUUUAACGUUACAGCUUCUUAUCAACUUGCAGAAGCUACGCUUUGCGACACGGGCGACCUACCUGGAUGAGCCGGAGUGGGGACCAUGGAGCUGUCAGCGGAUGAACAGCGAAUAAUUGUUGUUUGGGUUCCCCAGCUGCAGUUGAAAAUGGGGGAGCUUUAGAACGGCCAUAUAUGAUGUGAUAGACGGACAAUGGACUUUCAGGUCGUUGGAGAAGUAUCGCCAAGAUGAAAGCCUUUAUUCUGACCGCCGGGCUGGCUGCAGUCGUGACGGCUGUACCAAGUCGUCGCUGGGAGAAUGGAACUGUUUCGGAAUGCAGAUUCCCCUGGAUGCCUACUUCAAUAACAAAGGUUUUGGUCUCCUACCAGGAGAAGCAAACUUCGACCGACUGCACAACUCUUACCCAGCCCACGACUUACCAGAUGGACGUUACACAUCGACCAAGACAAACAUUUCGUACGCAUUUCCGGGAUAUCAGGCUGCUAACCAAAGCGACAAUGUCGUCAUGGCAGGUCAGCGUAUUGAAGUGCCAGUGGCUUCAUUCUUCAGCUUACAUAUGCUCGUGGCUUCGGAAUCUGCUGGUGCCACAGGGAAUAUCACUUUGGAGUAUACGGAUGGGACAGAAGCACUUACUGAGAUCCGGACCAGCCCAUAUUCUUCAUUCUUGUCCAUUCUCAAGGGAGAGAUUGUAAUGCCGUCUUACUUCACGACCAACAGCACCAAUUGGAACACAUCUCACAUCUUCGAGUACAUUGGAGCUCUUGACCCCUCAAAGAAUCUAGCCUCUGUCUCCUUGCCGGAUACUUCUAAUGACACAUCGAGAAUUCAUCUUUUUUCUUUGUCGCUGCUGCAGCAGACUGGAAUCCAAGUGCAGUUCCUACGACCAACUCAAAAGCAUGAUGCGGAUAGAGUGCAGACCGUUGAGGUUGUCAUCAACAAUGCUGGCCCUGAUUGGAUCUCAGGGCCUGGGGUUGAAAUCACUAUUUCUGGACCUGGAGUUGAAACCACUGAGCCAGGAUGUAUCAAGAGGCUGAGACCAGGGGAUCAGAAGAAGGUCAACGUUGGUGUAAUUGGAUGUGGGGACGUUACCGCGACUGUCCAUUUGUCAGGCUCCGCGCUCAAUGCAACUCAUGUGAUUGAGGGUGUGAAGUUUGGACUAGAGGAGUACACAUCAGGACUGACAAGUCUGUCGACCCAUGAGAGCCCAGAGUGGUUCAACGAUGCAAAGUAUGGAAUAUUCAUUCACUGGGGACCAUAUUGUGUUCCUGGAUGGGGCAAUUCGACACCCGUUGAGAUCUACGCAGAGUGGUAUUGGUGGUAUGGACAUCAUCGCAAUGCUGACAAAGCAAAUGUCUACGAAUACCAUCUAAAAACCUACGGUCCUGACGUUGUCUAUGAUGACUUCUUUUCCAACUUUACAGCGGAAAAUUGGGACGCCAAGUCGUGGGUAGAUCUGAUAGCCGACGCUGGUGCUCAGUACUUCGUCCUCACCACGAAGCAUCAUGAUGGGUUUGCAAUGUUUGACGCCAAGGAGACGACUCAUCGCGAUUCGAUUCACUAUGGCCCUAAGCGGGAUAUUCUCAGAGAAUUGUUUGAUGCUGCAAAAACUUAUCAGCCUCAAUUAAAGCGUGGAACGUAUUUCAGUCUGCCAGAAUGGUUCAAUCCUCUCUAUGGUCCUUAUGGGUUCUCACAGACUACCGAUCCUGCCAGUACUUCUUGGCCCGGUAUACUGGCAAGAAAUCCAUACACCGGUACCGAGGAGCCAUACACUGGGGCUCUUCCAAAAGAUGACUUCAUAUCAGAUCUAAUGGUGCCGCAGAUGGAGAUCUUGGCCUAUGAUUAUGAGACAGACAUCAUGUGGUGCGAUUGUGGUGCAUCCAACGGAACCGCCGAGUUCGCCGCGGCUUGGUUCAAUUACGCAGAAUCCCAAGGACGACAAGUCACAAUGAACAACCGCUGUGGUAUUGCAGCUGGGGCAGACUUUGAUACUCCAGAAUACACCACAUUUUCUUCUGUCUCUGAGCGCAAGUGGGAGAGCAACCAAGGAAUGGAUCCUUACAGUUACGGCUACAAUCGAGCAACCCCAGCUUCUCUGUACAUGAACGCCACGACGCUUAUCCACUCUCUUGUGGACAUGGUAAGUAAGAACGGCAACCUGCUACUCGAUUUCGGACCUAAGGCCGACGGGACGAUUGACGCAACAGAAGUCGCUCACUUGCUUGAGGCUGGUAUCUGGAUCAAGGCGAAUGCCGAAGCUAUCUUCAAUACAACUUACUUGUAA